AUGGUACCAUUUGUCUACAGUUCCUAUGCCAAACACAUUAUUACCUCUCACUUUGCGUUCUUGCAGCUGUUCUUGGAUGUUCUGCCUGAGGACAAAAAGCAGUGGCUUAAUAAGAUAACGGAAUUAAGAUCCCACUAUGAACAGAUAAAAGAAAUUCAUAUCACAAAUCCUCGGAAAGCUGCUGGACAGCAAGAUCUGGUUGUCAACAACCCACUUUCACAGGAUGAGGGGAGUCUUUGGAACAAGUUUUUUCAGGAUAAAGAACUUCGAGCAAUGAUUCACCAAGAUGUAACGAGAACAUUUCCUGAAAUGCAGUAUUUCCAACAGGAAAGUGUGAGGCAGAUCUUGACAGAUAUCCUGUUUUGUUAUGCGAGGGAAAAUGAGCAGCUGCUUUACAAGCAGGGCAUGCAUGAACUGCUGGCUCCUCUUGUCUUUAUCCUACACUGUGAUCAUCAAGCCUUCUCACAUGCUAGUGAAACAGCAAAUCCAAGUGAGGAAAUGAAAGCUCUCCUCAACCCUCAGUUCUUGGAACAUGAUGCUUAUGCAAUGUUCUCUCAACUCAUGGAUACUGCAGAACCAUGGUUUUCAAGUUUUGAAAGAGAAAUAAGAAAGGGAAAAGAAGAGAUGGUUACAGCUGUACCAUUUGCAAGACCUCAGGACAUGGGACCAUCACUUGCAAUAGUUUCCAAAGUAAAUCGCAUUCAAGACCAGUUGUUAAAGAAAUAUGACACAGAGCUGUUUAUGCAUCUUAAUCGACUGGAAAUAGCCCCUCAGAUUUAUGGAAUUCGUUGGGUCAGACUUUUGUUUGGACGAGAAUUUCCACUUCAGGAUCUCUUGGUGAUGUGGGAUACUUUGUUUGCUGACAGUGUUACCCUGGAUUUAGUUGACUAUGUUUUUGUUGCAAUGCUGUUAUACAUAAGAGAUGUUUUAAUUGCGAGUAAUUAUCAAACCUGCCUUGGUUUGCUUCUCCAUUAUCCAUCUGUAGAUGAUGUACAUUCCUUAAUUCAGAAAGCACUCUUCUUACGGGAUCCAAAGAACAAUCCAAGACCUGUGAAUUACCAGUUCCAACAGAAUCUAGAUUAUUACAGGGCACGUGGUGCAGAAAUUGUAAAUAAGACACGCACUGGAGCAAAGGUUGCUCCCCUGAACAUCAAUAAAGUGUCCAGUAGCCUAAUGAACCUUGGACGGAAACUGAUAAAUCCAGCUAUUUUAGUUGGUGGCACUAGUGGUUUUCCAGUUGGAACGAACUACAGCAGCAAUCCUGCAACCCACCCAUCCUCCCACAAAGCCAUGGUAGAACAUACCCAACAACAACAACAGCAACAACGAAUGAUGAAGUCUGAAAGCAUGCCUGUGCAGCUUAGCAAAGGACAGGUAGUUACAGGAGAUGAUGCUAAGGCUUGUACCCAUGUCAAGACAAUUUCUGAGCUCCCAGGUCAUGGUGCCACUCAUGUUAGUUCCUCGCCAAGUACUGAAAGUUUGCCUACUGCAAAAGAUAACACAGCAUCGCCUCCCUUUUCUACUGCAAAAAAAGAUUCAUUCUUUAAUACAAUCUCUCGUUCACGGUCUCACAGCAAAUCAAUGGGUGGACGAAAAGAUAUGGAGGAUGAAUUGGAGGCACAGGUCUCAUUUCUUCAAGGACAACUAAAUGAUCUUGAGGCAAUGUGCAAGUUUUGUGCUAAGAUGAUGAAUGUGCAUAUAUGUAAAAUACAAGAAGUAAUUCUAAAGGAAAACGUUCAAAAGGAAGAUGAAGUCCUGGUAUCAUUGGCUGGACUCAAGCAGAUUAAAGAUAUUCUGAAAGGAUCACUGCGGUUUAACCAGAGCCAGCUAGAAGCGGAGGAAAACGAAGAGAUUACAAUAGCAGAUAACCAUUACUGUUCCAAUAAUCGAGGAGAAGGUGCAGAAGGAGAGAGCAAAAAGCUGCUGAAUACCGACAGGGAGAUGCUAGUUACCAUGAGAACAGAAGAGGCCACAUCGCUGACUUCCUUGAAUUCAGAAGGUAGAAAUUCAGAUGACUACAUUUUGGUUUCUAAAGAUGAUGAUGAUUUAGUGCAUGAGCAUCCCUCAGGAAAAUUGGAAGCAACAGGAACAGCAAAGAAACAUCAAAUUUCUACCACCACUGAAGUAACUAGAAAACAAGCACAGCAGUCCCCAGUUUUUUCUGACCCUCUGACUGGUGGAGUUCUAGAGUCACCGUCCAGCAACUCAGGAUCCAGUCCAGAUGAUGACAGUAGCAACAGCAAAGAUUCUGAUUUCACCAUCGUCAGCCCAUUGGACAUCUGAAUUUCUUUCUUUCCAGCGUUGGCCUCCAUGUUGUUAGAAAACCUAUUACCUGCUCGCUAAUGAAAUUCUGUAUGGAUUGCUUGACAAGUGCGACACUCCUCUAAGUCUGAAAAUUAAAUAAACUUUAAUGAGGCUCAUUAUGAAUGGCCUUGUGAUUUAAUAAUGUAUAUUGGAUUAUAGUUAAAAUGAUGGACCUUGGUUAAUUAAAAUGAAUUUACAUUUAGUGACCAUGUCACAUCCACGCCAGCUAUUUAAAUCUUUAAGUCUGAACCGACCACAUAUUCUAAGCAGACUCUGGGAAUACACAACUCAACACCAGUUCCAUAUGAUCCAAGUUCAUGGAGUGCACUCUGAUCUGGUUCCAAGAAAAUUUGGUUCCAGCUGCCAGUCAGUAGCCCACUACCAGUGACCCCUAAUACUUGGGGAUAUUUUCCUUUCUACCAAGUUUCUCAGGAAAACUGUAAAAUCCAGGAACUAUUCAAAAAUGAAUGGGGUCAAGCGUAUGCACUGUAGCCACAGUGUGAGGUCUUUGCAUAAAGUCUCUUAGUUCUGCCCCAGUACCAGUCAAAAAAAGGAAAUUGACAUCCUUCCAACCAUUGACACCUGCCCUCUAACACAGAUUUGUCCAUUUUAUUUGUCACCACAAGGCAGCUCAGAUCAUAUGGCUUGUUAUUUGACAGUCACAGCUUUUAAUAGUUAGGGCAUUUAUUGGAGAUGAAUUUCAUGAAGUGGGAGCUCUUCUGAGUCAAUGAUUACUCAAGAGAAGCUGUGUCUCAUCUGGGGAUUGUGUCCAAAAGCAGGGACGUAUCAUCAUCCUACUUCAGCCCUCUAACACAAGUAGUUCUAAGUGCAUAACCAUUUUAGCACAGUAACUUCAGAAUGUAAUUUUACUGAAUUGGUUUCCUCUUGUAAAUUAAAUGUUGUUGUGAUGAUUGUGAAUAACAAUAUCAGUACAGGAAUUUGUCUGGGAGGCAGAACACAAAAUCAUUAUUUUUUUUCUUUUUGAGGGGUCCUCUGAGAUUUCCUCAGGGCUACUUGUUUUCAGAGACUCCUUAGAACUACAGAGGGGCAGACUAGAGAAAGUUCACCUCUGUCUUUGUAUUUUUGUGGCUACCAGCAACAUUUGACUGCCCCUCCCAUUUAUUUUGAGCACACCUCGAAGGAUAUGUCUGCUUGAGUGCACUUCAUCCUCUUUCUCUCACAGGCAGCAAUGAAGAGCCCUGCAUCAUUCCCAUAGUGGAGGCCUGACUUGAAUUAAUUGUAAUCAGCUAACAGUUCUCCAUUGUUGGGAAUCCUAUGCAGGUUACACCCUGUCUGCUUCUCCCAACUCCCCCAGCCCAUCAUGUCCGUUUCAGUUGGUACAGGUUAACUCCCUUUAUGAUUUUAAAGGCUGAAAUUGGUGAGAGUAUUUUGAAUUAUAAAGAUAUUUAGGUGUAAAGAAGGUAUUCAUUAAACUGGUAUCUUCUACUCUGUUUCCAGUUUCUGAAAUUUCUAAUCCCUACUUGAUGUGGAAGUGAUGUGGUUACUGACAUGUAUUACGGGAGUACAGGAUUCUUUUAUUCACUCUAAUUAUCCCAUAGUAAUGGAAAUGCAAUAAAUACUUUGUAUCUGGUAAUGAUUAACCAAAUAAGCUUGAACUAAUGCUAUUUUAUUCAUCUCCAAUUUGAUUUGGUGUUUUGUUGUGGCUUUGUUGCCUUUUGCUAAUUGCUGUUUGAUUGUAUCAGCAAUAUUGCACUGAAAUGUGUUUACAUUGUGCUUUCCAAUUUUACAUUAUGGUGUCUUUUUAUUCAACUGCUCUAUCUCAUGUAUGUGCCCAUUCCUAGGAGCAUUUUGCAAAACUAGGCACUGAGAAUUUCAUGAAAUGCAAGUCAAUAUUGCUGAGUAAUUAGUUAAAAAUGUAGUUGCCUGAAUAUUUUAUACUGUUUCUACUAUAAGAAUCUGCUACCAAAUAAUUGCAGUAACAUGUCAACUCAUUUAACAAUGUGUACAUACAAGUUACUUUGCUGGAAUGUUUAAUUUUGUAUAUCGUGUCUGUACAAUGUCUGGUGUAUAACUGAGAAAAAUCACUGGAAGGUAUCAUACCAAUAUUUGUUGGAGUGAUUUAAACUUUCAACAUAAGAUCUCAAAUGUUAAGUGAACCACCCACAGAAUUCUUAGAAUGUGUACUGAACGCCAUAACCAAAUUGUGUUUUUUGAGAUAUUGGCCUGUUAUAUAGAAAGUAAUAUUGUUCAAAUUGACA